AUGAGAUCCCGAUGGUAUACAGCAGCGGUCGUGCUGGGGACAGCGAGUGCGAAGGACCUUAAGUACCACGAGUCUUUGUAUCGCACAGGCAGGACACCCGACACCGCUCAGAUUGGUGGUCGUGAGGUUGCAACCCUGUCACAGCCUCUGCCACAAGGCCAAGCUAUAGAUCGCUCCAAAUGGGACCUUAAAUGUUCCACGAUUGCGAAUGGCCACGAUUGCGAUAAAGCAAUCGACGAUUCGACCGACACAUUUUGGCAGAGCGCGGCCAGCAGUACUGAUCAAACCAUUACCGUUUACCUGGGGGAAGAACGGACCGUGAAUGGCUUGACAAUGGUUCCCAGGCAAGACAAAGAGGAGAAUCUCAUCGAAGAGCAUCAAAUUUUCCUCAGUUCUGAUGGCGAAAACUGGAGUGAGGUGGCAUAUGGAACCUGGUGGCCGGAUAAUGCCCUGAAGCUCUCAGCAUUUCAGCCUCAAAACGCCACCUACCUGCGUCUGUCUGCUGCUGCGAAUAAUGGAAUCGCCAUCUCAGAUCUGCAGAUCUAUGAAACUAAAUUCAUUCCUUCGGAUCCUGUGUUAGGUGCCUGGGGCCCAACAAUUGAUUUGCCCCUGGUUCCCGUCGCUGGAGCCGUUGAUCCAAUCUCUGGCGCAGUGGUCACAUGGUCCUCCUGGGGUCACGAUAUUUUCACUGGCAGUCCUGGUGGCGACACACAGACAGCCACUUGGCACCCAAAGGGCCAAUCAGUGACUCAGAGAGAUGUCGAGAAUACACAACACGACAUGUUCUGUCCUGGCAUCUCGAUCGAGCAGAACGGUCAGAUCGUCGUCACUGGCGGAACCGAUCAGAGUCGGACCAGUAUUUACAACACCACCGAUGAUCAUUGGUAUAAAGCAGCGGCCAUGAAUAUUGAUCGUGGCUACCAGGCAACGUCCACCCUAUCGGAUGGGCGCAUCUUCGUCAUUGGUGGUUCAUUCAGCGGCGGUGUUGGUGGCACCGAACGUGUCGCUGCAAGUGGCAAAGACGGCGAGGUCUACGAUCCCGUCGCUAAUCAAUGGACUCAGAUUCCCGGCGCCAAGGUAUCAGAAAUGCUUACUGAUGACAUUCGAACCUACCGACAAGAUAACCAUGGCUGGAUAUUUGCUUGGACUAACGGCACUGUAUUCCAAGCCGGUCCCAGUAAAACAAUGAACUGGUAUGGCACAUCGGGAGAUGGAACUACCAAUUCUGCUGGAGAACGUACUGGUGAUGAGGAUGCCAUGUGCGGAAAUGCGGUCAUGUACGACAAUGGCAAGAUUCUCACAUUCGGUGGAUCUCCCUGGUACGAAGAAAAGGCUGCGACGGCCAAUGCUGCGAUCAUUACCAUUGACCAACCUGACCAGAUUCCAUCUGUCGAAAAAGCAGGUGAUGGGAUGCACUACAAGCGUACUUUCCAUUCCUCUGUUGUUCUACCAGACGGCUCAGUGUUUGUAAACGGUGGCCAGGAUGUCGGGCUUCCAUUCAAUGAAAGUGGCGCUCAUUUGAUCUCAGAGCGAUUCAUUCCUGAUACUGAUGGCGGCAAGUGGAUUGAACAACAAAAGAACAGUGUCGUCCGUGUCUACCAUAGUCUCUCCUUGUUGCUUCAGGAUGGUACUGUAUUCACAGGUGGUGGCGGUUUGUGUGGAGAUUGUUCUGCCAAUCAUUUCGAUGGGCAAAUCUACACGCCCCCAUACCUUCUGGAGGACGAUGGAUCCCUGAAGACUGACCGUCCCGUUAUCAAGAGCGUUUCACCAAACGAGGUCAAGCCUGGUGAUACUGUCGAAGUCACCACUGGCGGUGAUGUUGAUGAAGGGGCGUCGAUCAUCCGUUAUGGCUCGGCGACACAUACAGUGAACACCGAUCAGCGACGCAUCAGUGUUAAGCUGACGAAGGACGGAUCUAAUAAGUACAGUUUCCAGAUUCCUGGGGAGGCAGGUAUUGCUCAGCCAGGAUAUUACAUGCUUUUUGUUCUGAAGAAUGGGGUUCCCAGUCAUUCAGUGAAUGUUCGAGUAGCAGCUUAA